AUGGCUACUCCAACAUUCAGCCUCACAAAACAAAGACCACGAAAGCAAAUGCUAACAGUAGAUGCAAAGAUGAGAUGCAAGUUGAUGAUUGUUGUAGUUCUGGGAGUUCUAGUGCAGACUUCCUCUGCAAGGAAGCUUCUUGGGGAUCCAAUAUUACCUAACUUCAAUGGUGGAUUCGGCCAAAUUUUAGGAGGUCUAGGCGGUGGUGGUGAUGGUGGCGGUGGAGGUGGAGGUGGAGGAGGAGGUAGUGAUGGUGGUUUUGGUGCCGGUUUUGGAUUUGGCGAGGGUCACAGAUCGGGUGCAAAUGAUGGAUUUGACCAAAUUGUAGGAGGUGUUGUUGGUGGUGGUGGAGGUGGGGGAGGAGGUAGCGAUGGUGGAUUUGGUGUUGGCUUUGGAUAUGGCGAGGGUCACGGAUCAGGAGCAAAUGGAAGCGGUGGCGAUGGAGGUGGAGGUGGCGGCGGCGGCGGUCAAAAUGGUGGUAGUGGUUUUGGUGCCGGAGCAGGAUGGGGCCAUGGUGGUGGUGGAAAUUGA